UUACUCUUGAAACUAAACUCAAUGUCAAUUUCAAACCAAUCCAAUAACAAUACAAUAAUAAGUGCGUACUCUUGACCAGCUUGGAAUUGAGAUCGCAUUGAUAUUGGGAUUGCGUUCGUAUUGGAAAGAUAGGAGUGAAGUUAGCUGCACAAUAGUGAGGACCUAUGCGUUUGCCGCUGUAUCGAUAAACUCAAUGUAGAAUAAAAAACUACAGUUUUUAACCAAUUUUUAUGUUUUAUUUGAAAAGUGCAUUGAAAAAAAAAUUUACAUUGUUUGAUUCGCAUAUUCAUUAAUGCUUUUCAAUAAAAUUAAUAUUAUUUAAACAAAAUAUAUGAAUUAUAGGCUGUUUGAGCUGAUCCAUUUGCUUGAAAUGACGUUGUUGACAAGGCUUUGUUGACAUAUUUUGACAGUUUGCGUUUGGUUUGAAAAUUUUUGAAAUAUUAUUGCGAACUUUUAUUUUUCUUUAAUUAUAACUUAAAAGUGUGCUGCAAAGAUUAAAAAACUCAAGGCAAGUCUUAUAAAGUAUUAAUUAUUAUAUUUGAAGUUAUCCGGAAAUUCGUACUGUCGAAUUGUCUCACAAUGUUUAUAUUUUUUUAGGUAAAAAUGUCCAAUCGCCCUUCAAUGUUACAAUUAGAAGCCCUUGUGGAGUUUCUUGAACAAAAUCCCGGAAUCGCGAGGGGUUUUUUAAGAACUUCGCAAGGGAAACAAGAAUCGAAACAAAAAUGGGCAGAAAUAGCUGUUACUUUGAACGCUCUAGGCGGCGUCAUCAAGGAUGGACCCGGAUGGUCAAAGUACUGGGCUGAAAAAAAAUGCAGCCUGAAGAAGCUGUGUUCCCAACAUGCAGCUUCUAUCCGGCGGACUGGUGGAGGAGAAGGUGAAAGAUGCUCGUUGUCCCAGUUAGACAAACGGCUUGUAGCAGUGAUGGGAGGCACAAGUUUUGCGUCUGGUGACAGCGAGCUAGCUGUAAAUCCAUUCCCACAAAUGCAUUCUUCUGUUGUAGAAUCUGAGUCGACUUCUACAAUAUUAGAAUUUAGCGAAAUGGAUGUUGAAAUCAUCUCUGUUCCUGCGCCAAAUUUAGCUACUUCAGGAACCUCAAGGGCUGAAACGCCUGCUGCUCCUGACGCAGUACCACCUCAAACUAGUACCAAUACAAACACCUCUCGUCGUCGGUCACGUCGUUUUCUCUCUAGGACAAUUGAUACCGAGAUGGACCGUAUGGCAAGGAUUGAGGAACGACGCGUUGAGGCUGAGAGGUUGAGUGCAGAGGCCUUAUCCGACACGAGCCGAAGACUAGAGAGGCUCGCAGAUGCUGCCGAGCAAAUAGCUAUUGCCAUAACGGGGGUGGCCAAUGCUCUACAACAGAUAGCAAAUAAUUUAGGAAGGACCUAAUAAACGUCAAUAGUUUGAGUCCUUCCUAGAUUACUUGAUUUUGCAAUUAUUGUUUUAUUUUUUAAAUGUUUGAGAUAUGUUAAAAUGGUAGUAAUGUGUGUUUCAAAGUCUCUGCCUAUCUCCAUGGGAGACAGACGUGAGGUUACGUAUGAAUGUAUGUACUUACCUAUG